AUGACCUUUGAUCUUGCGAACAGCUUUCGAGGUGCACAUCUGGUGGUGCAACCUUCCGACUUAGCACUCGAUCCACCAGAAAGCUAUCUGUACGUUCAAGAUGGCCUCAUCAUAUCCUGCGGCGUCCUCUAUGCGCUUUGCUACCUGUUCUACAUGAUUCGCACAUACCGCGACAAAACGUGUGCAGGCUUUAUCGAAUUCACCUGCGGAACAAUGGCCUACGAAAUCUUCUACGCCUACACAACGACAACCACCCCAUUCGAGCGCAUCAGCUUUUCCAUAUGGUUUCUUCUCGAUUUCACCUUUGCUGUAGUCACUAUCCUCAGCACCUACGCGCCUGGUUCCCGCUGUCCAGUAGUCAAAAGGAUGGUUCUCGGUAUCCUUGUUUCUCUAGCAAUCUUCUGGAAAGUCGCAAAUGUUUGGCCAGAUGAGCGUGAACAAGUUACUGCUUAUUGGACUGGAUUGGCUUUGCAAUUCCCUAUCGGUUGGGGAAGUUUGUAUUUGCUUGUCAAGAAUUGGGAUGCCAAAGGGCAUUCGUUGGAGAUUUGGGUAACCCGGUAUCUUGGUUGUUGGACGGCGUAUGGCGUGUUUGUCUGGCGUUACAUGAACGUGCCGCAGAAUUGGUCGUAUGUUGGUUCGAGCACAAGUAUUGCGGUUAUUGGAUUGACCAUGGUUCCUGAGACGAUGUAUCCUUUCGUCUAUGUCUGGGUGCACAAGACGAAAACGGCAAAGACAGUGGGAACUAGUGCUGCUUACACUGACCAGAAGGUUAUUUCUUGA